UAAAUAUACUAUGAGUAGUACUGUGUACGUGGGCCAAAUUUGCCUCGUAACGGCCCAUUCCCGUCAGUUCCCAAGAUGCCUAGGGCCCAUUUGUAGCACUAGCAGGCCUAAUAUCGUCCCGGAAUCUGUCUCCCUCUGUUUCUCGCUCAGAUUUGUCUCUGCUUCAUCUUCUUCCCCAGCGGGCGACGGGGCUCAGUGCUGGUUGCUGAGGAAAGAGAACGUCAGGCCGGAGUCAGGCUGCAGCGGCCAGGUCGCCGAGGAAUCUUGCUGGCCAGGAGCCCGAAUCCGGAUGAUUCCAGGAAUCGCCCCCAAGCCGGCGGCGCCGCCGGUGGCCUCGGUGCCUCAGCCCCGGCACAUGUUUGUGUUCGGCGCGGGCUUCGUCGGCCGCUACGUCUCUGAGCACCUCCUCGCGCAAGGCUGGCAGGUCUCCGGGACGUGCACAAGUCCCGCCAAGAAGAGGGAGCUCGAGAUGCUGGGCGUGAAGGCUUCCGUCUUCGAUGCCACCGAGAGCAAUUCCAGCCUGCAAAGUAUCCACAGUUUGCAACAAGCAACACACUUGCUCAUCUCCAUCCCACCCAUUCCUGGAAUCGGUGAUCCUCUACAUAAUUUAAAUGAAGACCUGAGGAGAAUACUCAGCCAUGGUAAUCUUGAAUGGUUGUGCUACCUUUCAUCAACAAGUGUAUAUGGUGAUUGUGGAGGUGCAUUGGUUGAUGAGGAUCAUAUGGUAAACCCAAAGAGCGAGUCUGCCAAGUUAAGAUAUGAAGCAGAAAAAGGAUGGCUCAAUCUUGUAAAUCAUCUAAAUCUGUCAGCUUUUAUAUUCCGUUUAGGUGGAAUAUAUGGACCUGGAAGAAGUGCUUUGGACACCUUAGCUAAGAGCAACUCUUUGUCACGAAGACAGAAGUUGAGAGAAUCUAAGCAGUACACUGCCCGAAUCCAUGUGGCUGACAUAUACCAGGCUGUCUUGGCCAGCAUGAGCACGAGAUGUCCAAGGAAAAUAUUCAACGUGGUGGAUGAUGACCCUGCCCCUAGAGCUGAAGUUUUUGCAUUUGCCAGGAGCUUGAUAGAGAUGAGAUACCCUGAUCUGAUAGCCAAAGCUCCUGAUGUCAAUUCUGCAGAAUCAGGUAUCCAGGAGAGAAUUGUGCCUGCCGAGAAAAGGGUCUCUAAUGCUCGGCUGAAGAAGGAACUUGGCGUUAAGCUGCUUCACCCAACAUAUAGAUCUGGUCUGCAGAGUAUACUUGAUUCUUGGCCAACUGAAUUUCAACUCCCUGGUAGAAGUCGGUAAUCUUUAGUUUUGGUAUGCAUACAGGUACCAAGUUUUUCCCUUUGUAUGUGUGUGUGUGUGUCCUGGAUUUUGUUCAGAUAACUUAAGGUCUGUUUGGUUGGUGGGAUGAGUGGAUGCGGAAUGGAGCGGUUCCAUUUUUAGGUGUGUUUGGUUGAGGGAUGGUGGAACGGAGCUGCUCCCGUAGGGGAAUAUACCUGAAGAUGCGGAACGAGACCGCUCUGUAACCGUGCGUUUGGUUGGGGAGCGAGUCGGAGUGGAGCCGCUCCGCUCCCCUUUUCUGCAUGUUUGGUUGGAAGCAAGCAAGAGUGGAAUGGCUCCACUGCGGAA